GAGGCGGCUGAGGGGGGUGUGUGUCUAUGUGGAGCUGCGCGUGUGAGUGUGUGUGUGCACAUGUAGGCGUGUGUGUGAGCGGAUAUACGUGCGGGUACGGGUAUGCACACACACACGCGCGUGUCUGUGUGUGCCCGCGGUGCCCCCGAAGGAGUUAACCCCGGACCCCCGGUUUCCCGCCCUCCCAGAGCUGGAGGGGACGGACAGGACGGCGCAGAGAAGGCCAGAGGGCAGGCGGAGAGAUGGCGACGGGGGCAGACGUACGGGACAUCCUGGAGCUGGGAGGCGUGGAGUCGGAGAACACGGGCACCAUCAACAAGAAGGACAUCAUCAACUCGGAUAAGAAAAAAUCCAAGAAAUCUUCAGAGACGUUGACGUUUAAGAGGCCAGAAGGAAUGCACCGAGAAGUUUAUGCACUUCUCUAUUCUGACAAGAAGGAUGCACCUCCACUGCUGCCAAGUGAUACAACUCAGGGUUAUCGAACAGUCAAAGCAAAACUGGGGUCCAAGAAAGUCCGGCCUUGGAAGUGGAUGCCUUUCACCAAUCCAGCCAGGAAAGACGGAGCAAUGUUCUACCACUGGAGGAGAGCAGCAGAGGAAGGGAAGGACUACCCUUUUGCCAGGUUCAAUAAAACAGUGCAGGUACCUGUCUACUCGGAGCAGGAGUACCAGAUGUAUCUCCACGACGAUGCGUGGACCAAAGCCGAGACAGACCACCUCUUCGACCUGGCUCGGCGCUUUGAUCUGCGCUUCGUGGUCAUUCACGACCGCUACGAUCACCAGCAGUUCAAGAAAAGAUCAGUGGAGGACCUGAAGGAACGAUAUUACCACAUUUGUGCCAAGCUGGCUAAUAUUCGUGCAGCUCCAGGCACAGACCUGAAAAUCCCAGUCUUUGAUGCUGGCCAUGAGAGACGAAGGAAGGAACAACUGGAAAGGCUUUACAAUAGGACACCAGAGCAGGUGGCAGAAGAAGAAUACCUCAUCCAGGAGCUCCGCAAAAUUGAAACCAGGAAGAAAGAGAGAGAAAAGAGAACCCAAGACCUGCAGAAGCUCAUCACAGCUGCUGACACCACAACUGAGCAGAGGCGUGCCGAGCGCAAGGCUCCCAAGAAGAAGCUGCCACAGAAGAAGGAGACAGAGAAGCCUGCUGUUCCCGAGACUGCUGGCAUCAAGUUUCCUGACUUCAAAUCUGCAGGUGUCACGCUGCGAAGCCAGAGGAUGAAACUGCCAAGCUCGGUGGGACAGAAGAAGAUUAAAGCCCUGGAGCAGAUGCUGAUGGAACUCGGAGUAGAUCUCAACCCUAUGCCCACAGAGGAGAUCGUGCAGAUGUUCAACGAGCUGCGGAGCGACCUGGUGCUGCUCUACGAGCUGAAACAAGCCUUUGCCAACUGCGAGUAUGAGCUGCAGAUGUUACGGCACCGCUACGAGGCCCUGGCCAAAGCUGGGAGCAUUGGCCCCCUCAGCGUGGAAGGUGCCCAUCCAGAUGGCCAGACAGGGCUUGGCAUCGAGGAGGGCAAGGGAGAUACCAAGGACCAGAUCAUUGAUGUAGUAGGAGCACCACUGACCCCCAACUCGGUGAGAAGGAAGGUUGGGGGGGCAGAACAGGGAGCACUCAGGUCUCCGACGCAGAUGCCCUGACGAGCGCUGGGGAUGCUGCCCUGCUCUCCCUCCAGGCAUGCGCGUCCAAGGGAGCAGAACACGCCUGUUCCCCCCCAAGUCCCAGUGCUGCUCUCUGGGAUUGUCUCCUGUGCUGGACAGUGUUCUUGGUGCUACAGGUGGGGUCAGCAGGGCUUUCUACAUCCUGCAUGCAGGCAGAUGGCUUGACGUGGGUGCCACCGUGGACCAAAGCAGCGAGGCUUUGGGUGAUGAGAGCUUGCUCUAGGGCAGCAACAGUGCAGCUGCAGGCCUGAGGCAUUUUCCGUCUAGACACAGUCCCGUAAGGGUUGCUCAGCAGAGGGAAGCAAGUGGGGAAAGCAGUCUUGAGGUGAUGAGCCAUGACCUGCCCGAGACUCUGGGGUCAAGCAGUAGCCUUGCCUGGAGCAGG